AUGAGGAUAUUCGUAUUUAUCACCAUACUUGCUUAUGCUUUGGCUGAACCACCAGUUGGGAAAGGCUAUGCAUCAGCUCGAUCCAGCCACAACCCUGGUAGUGAUAUCCAACAUUCCCUUUCCCAAGAAUAUGGAGUGCCAGAAUUUGGCUCUAGCCAAUCCAGAUCUCAAUCCAUUUCAUCCUAUAUCCCAUCUUCUAGAAGUUUAUCACAAGAAUAUGGACCACCAACUCGAACGAGCCCAUCUCAAGAAUAUGGUACCCCAAAUCUUAGAUCAGGACUAUCUCAAGAAUACGGCCCUCCUAGCUUAAGGUCUGGUAUUUCCCAAGUAUAUGGAGUUCCCAAUUCACGCAGCUUGUCCCAACAAUAUGGGGCUCCAUUUGCUCGCAAUACAAUUUCCACGGAAUAUGGAGCUCCAUCUGGUCGCUCUCAAGAUAGAAAUCUUCCUAAUGCCCGCCUUUCUCAAGAAUAUGGUGCACCGCAAUUAAGAUCCGAUACUAAUGACUAUAAAACUAUAGGAGAUUUUCCUUCAGAUUCAUAUGGAACCCCUCUUCAAAGAUCUCCUUCAUACGAACAACCCGAUUUUCGUUCUACUCCUUCCGAGGAAUAUGGCGUGCCAUCCCAAAGAAAUUUUGAACAAUCUCCUUCUCAAAAAUAUGGACAAGCUAGCUCAAGAAAAAUUCAAAACUUUAAUUCAUUUUCUCGAGUUAACUCUUUCCCUUCAGCUGGGCAAAAUAAACAUUCAACUGUGUCAAGGAAUUUGCAAACCUCAUCUAGCUCAAGAACUUUACCCCAAACAUUUGGUACACCACGCUCAAUUUCUUCUCAAUACGGAGCACCAAGCACAAGAAAUUUUGAUUCUUAUUCCCAAACCUCAAAGUCUGUAUCCCAAUCUUAUCUUCCAAACUCAAGGACGAUCUCGCAAAGUUAUGGUGUGCCAAAUGAAAGAAGCCUUUCAGCUGAAUAUGGAACGCCUGAAGCCAGAACUAAUCUCAAUACAAACGCUUUCGCUUCUUCUUAUGAUACAGCUAGGUCAGUCCCAUCUUCCAAAUACGACAUUGCAGCUGCCAGAGAUUCAAUGCCAUCUGAUAACUACGGAGUACCUGAACAAUACAACGCAGUUUCCAAUCAAGGGUACAAUUAUGCCAGGAAUGCUCUCGACGAACUGUUAAACCAAGAACCAGCUAACUACGACUUCGGUUACAAAGUAAGUGACUUGGAAAGUGGAAGUGAUUUCGGACACACUGAGUCGAGGCAAGACAACAAAGCUGAGGGAUCGUACUUCGUAGUUCUACCUGACGGGACGAAGCAGACUGUUGAAUAUGAAGCUGAUGAAAGCGGCUUUAAGCCCAGGAUCUCAGUUGAACCAGCGGAAACCAGGGCUGGAUAUGAUGACAACGCAUCUGAUCUGGCUCGCUCUGGUGAUGGACCUUAUUAAAA